UGAGUUUUUUACAGCGAAAUGAAAACUUUCCUACGCAGUUUUUAUCUAUUAGCAGCUAUUUUGACUUGUAGUGCUUCUCCUCAAGGUCGCAUUACUGGUGGAGAUGACGCGGUUUUGGGCCAAGUGCCAUAUCAAGCAUCGUUAACUAUUGGUGGUUCACCUAACUGUGGAGCAGUCAUCUUGAGUGAUCGUUAUGCUUUAACUCUAUUAAGUUGUGUUUGCUCAAAAGGCAGUGACAAACCUUGGCCACCACAACUUUUCAGAGUAACUGCCGGAUCAAUUGAUCUUUAUACUGGCGGUGUAUCCAUCGUCGUUGAAGAAAUUACAAUCAAUCCUAAUUAUAGUGAACUUAGUACUGGCAUUGCUUUGCUUAAGCUGACUGAAGCGUUUGUGUUUUCCGCUAAUAUUCAACCUAUACCACUGGCAAAUGACAAUCCAAUUGUUGGAGAAGACGUCGAAGUUUCCGGAUGGGGCCGCCUUACGGAAACUGAUGAAUACAUGCAACGUACUCUACAAAUCAAUGCAGCAACUAUUGUCAAUUCAGAUGAAUGCAGCAGAGUUAUUGGAAAAUCUGAUAACCAAGUUAUUUGUUUGGGUCAUCCACGUAAGAAUGGUAUUUGCAGUGGAGACUACGGUGGGCCCGCUGUAUAUCAAGGUGAAUUAAUUGGUAUUGCUGCCUAUAUUGUUGGAGAAUGUGGAAGUUAUUUGCCUGAUGUCUAUGCAAGUAUACCUUUUAACUAUGAAUGGAUUACUGAGAAAAUAUCAGCUUAAAUUUAGCAACUAAUUUAGCAACAAGCAACAAAGGAAACAAUGAAAAUUAAAAUAAAAAGAAAAUUGUAAUAGCAU